AUGGAGUCUAUCGAGGGUUUCCACUGCCAAUGGUCUGACGAACGAAACAUCUCACUGACGUUCCUUGGCGUAUUGACGCUCGAGUUUAGCUCCGUGAAUCUAGGAGAAGAGCGCGAGGAUAAGGAUCAGGAUAACAUUCUGGGGCAUUACCGGGUCCCCGAGCGUCCACAGACAAGAUUCCCAAUCGAGGAAUCUGGGCAGAUCCAUGGCAGGCCAAUGAUCGAAAGACUGCGCUAUCCCGGCGUUGGCCUUCUGAGUCGACAGGCAGUUGUGACGUGGCUGGACUGCUCAAAACCACUCGAAACUAUCUCCAUCACGAUGUGUCACAGCACGAGGACAAAGCUGCUCAUGAUGACUUCAAUGGUUUUUAAGUACGCAGAGGGUCAUGAACCAAUGUUUUUUGGGCCAUUCACCAUAGACUCACCAGAGCACGAGAAAGGUGUCAAGAAGCAAGACCGGUGUGCUUGCAUACAUGGAGGGUCUUUUGAACAAGAGAUCGAAGAUAUACCUCACUAUGAGCCAGAUAAAUGGCGCGUUUACGGUGGUUACUUGAAGGCUCUCCGUCUAUGGGAGACCGAGAUAGGCGCCCUGACCGGUCUGCAGUUCGUGGCUCAAGAAUCCGAGAGCCAGAAGUGGGGGUUCUGUGAUGGAGAGCAUACGCAUGAGAUGGACCUCCAGAGCAAGGAGGGGGAAACCGUGGGGAUCAAGUUCUUCCUAGACUCGAACGGGAGAAAUGAUGUUAGCGAGGAUAUCGUGGUUGUGGCUGUUCAGCGGAUCAAGGUACCAACGAAUGGGGAUAAUCCUCAGAGGCUCCCAUACAAGAAAUCAAGAUAUAGGUAG